AUGUCCACUGAAUCAGAAUUCACAAUUAAUUUACAAAGACCAAUUUCAAUCAAUCAAAGAAUCACCGAGGGAAAAACAGCUUUUGAAACAUUAUUUGGAAUCAAUGAAUCCAUUAAAUUAAGAGAAGGUUUAAUUGGUAUUCAAUUUAGAUUAAACAAUGAUGAUAUAAUUUCCAUUUAUGAAAAUCCAAAACAAGUUUUAGCAUUUAUGAUUUUAAUUCCAAGAUUGGUUACAAUUAUAGCAAGUGGUAGAUUGAUUAGUUUAAGAGGACUUUAUUAUUUAGAUGAUGGAAUUUGGUCAACUUCUGAAUCAUGUACUAAAUAUUUACAAUUAUUAUUAUCAAAUUUAAAAUAUGAUAUGGAAAAAGUUAAUGUUGUUCCUGAACAUCGUGGAGAAUUUUGGACAAAUAUAUUUGAUGUAAGAACUUUAGAUUCUUUUGCAAUUAAUAAUAAUUCUCAUAACUUAUUAAUUCAAUAUUUAGGUAAUAAUGAAGUAAAAUUAAAAGUCAUCAUUUGUGAAAAAUCACAAAUAUUAAGAGACAUCAACCAAUUAAUUCAAUUAGAAGAGGAACAAUUUGACAAUUAUAUUUUAAUUUCAACAAAAGGGUUCCCAAGUUUAAAAACAUUGAAUUUUAUAAACAGUAUUUGUGGUAAAUAUAAUGCAGAAUGUUUUGGAUGUAGCGACUUAGAUUUUUCUGGUUUGCACAUUUAUUUACAAUAUUUUCGUCAUGUUGAUAGGAUUAAAUAUAUACAAAUUAGAGGUACUGAUAUUCCAUUUACUGAUACUAACACUUUAACUCCAAGGGAAAUUAAUAUGGGAUUGAAUUUGAAAAGAAAUGAAAAUAUUCCUACAUAUAUAAGAGAACAAGCAAGUUAUAUUUUAGAUUUGAAUAGAACAAUUGGAAUUGAUAAACAUGUGAAUUUACAUAUAUUGAUUUAUGAAAAAUUGGUUGAAUAUGAUUAUCAACGAGGAUCUGAUAUUGUUGAAAUCAAUUAUUAA